AUGACGCAGGCGGCGCGCAGAGGGGCGUCACGGUGCACGGGGGGCGGGGCCAGCGUUGCCGUGGAAACCGGGACGCUUCGCGCCUCGCGGCCGGGCGGCGGGAUGGUGGUGCGGCCGGGGGCUGAGAAAAUGACCCCCCGGGAGCGGGCGGCCGCCCCCAAGUCACGUGGGGAGAAGUCCCGGCCGCCCACCGUGGCCGCUGCCCGAGCCGCUGCUGGCCCUGGGCGCCUGCCUGAGGCCGAAUGGCUCUACCUGCUCGGGGCCCGGCGGGCAGACAGGGACGUCGGGGACAUCAUCGCGGAGCUCAUGGGCCGCCUGCUGGACGAGUGCUCCAAAGCCCACGCGGCUCAGCAGUGCGUGCCCUUUGCCGUGGGCCAGGCACGGGAUGCCCUCCUGCAUGCUGUCCAGUGGCGCUUCCUGAUGCGGGAUGAGGGGGACACGGGUCACGAGAGGGAUGGCAUCUGGCAGGAGGAUGAGGAGCCUGAGCCCUGCACCGUGGACUCCUGGGCACAGGGCUCUGUCCCUGUCCUGCACGCCCACCACUCGCUGGGCGAGGGAAAGGUCUCUGGUGCAAGGGCUGCAUGCGAGCAUGGAAGGCAGGACCCCUCUCCAGCACCCAACACUGGAUCUCCCCCCAUGCAGCCACUCUGUCCUGGCCAGGUCCCCAGUGCUUGUGCCAUCCUGCCUGUGCCUGUGCCGUGCCACCUGGAGCCGCCGCAGGACAAGGCAGCCGUCAGUUCCCAACCCCCCAAGGGAAAACCUCCCCGUGCGUGGCCUCUGCCUCGGCCAGCCCCUCUGGCCAGGCCACCAGCCCCCUGCCCACCCUCCGGCCUGGCCAAGACCCCAGGGCAGCUGGAGCCAGGAUGGUGUCUGCUGCAGUCACCCCACAGGGACACAGUGGGGAGCAGCGUCAUGAGGGCCAGCAGCCACACAUCACCAUUGUCACGUCCCUCCUGCACCAGCCUGGUAACAAUCUGGCCAGGGAGGCCCCUGCACAGCACAGGGGUGAAGCAAGAGGGGUCUGGCACCAUGCUAGGGGUCCACAGGCUGGGCCCUGGCAGCCGGCCUGAGCACUGGAUCAAGCCCCAGGUGGAGGUGCUGGACCUGGACCUGGGUGCAGAGGCCAAGCUGCCUGCAUGUCCCUGCGGUGGUGGCUGGCACAGCCAGGCACUGGAGCUGGGCAGCUUGCAGCUGCCCUGGGGGCUGGCCACCGUGGGACGGGGAUGGCUCCAGCUGCUCCCCCCAGGGUCCCCACAGCCCCCGGGCCCUGUGCCCCGACAGCUUGGCUCCUUGCUGGACCCUGCUUGGCUGGCCCCUGGUGUGACCGUCCGAUGGGGUGGCAGUGUGAUACACAGGGUCUGCAUCCCUGCACACGGUGAGGAGGAGGAUGAGGAUGGUGAUGAGAUGGGGGAGGCCAAGUGGGACCUGAGACCCAUCUGCCCCACCUUGCCCUUCCCAGCCAUUGUGGCCGAGCAGGUCAUGGGUGAUGGUGAGUGCUGAAGGCAGCACCUCACCACCUGGGGCCCAUGAGCAGCGUGGCGGGUGCACCCCUGGCUCAGAGCCCCCACCUGGCUCCCUGCCAUGUCCCUCGAAUUUCCUGUGAACCGGCCCCAUGCCUCACCACAGCCCCAGCAUGAGGGUGCAGCCAGGCCGGCUCCCCCCACGCUCCUGAUGUGCUGUGUCUCCGCUUUGGUGGUGCAGCCACUGCCCCGGGCAGGAGCAGCGGUGCUGCAGGGGGCUAGUGGUGCUCCAUGAGCUCCCUCCCCAUCCUCCUCCUCACACCCCAGGGAGCGGACCUGCCUGCUUAACCCCCGAUCCUGGAGCUCCUGGUCUGGGAAACAGGCUCCAGCAGCUCCAGGGCUGGGUGCUGCGGCUGGGUGCUUGAGCUCCAGGAGACACCCCCCCUGUCCCAGGUGGGC